AAUUAAAAAGAAAGAAGUAUCCUGCGACGUGACCAUUAUCAUCAUUUGCAUCGGAGAAGAGAGAGAGAGUGAGUGAAGGGGGAGAAGAGCACUUUGAAUUUCUGUGUUGUUGGAUUGACAGCGUACUUGAGAGUUGAGAACGCAAGAAGGGAAAUGGGUAAGGAUCUGAGCGACGAGCAAGUUUCUUCCAUGAAGGAAGCUUUCACUCUCUUUGACACCGACGGUGACGGUCGCAUCGCUCCGUCGGAGCUAGGGAUCCUCAUGCGUUCCCUCGGAGGGAACCCCACCCAAGCCCAACUCAAAGCCAUCGUUGCCGAAGAAAACCUCACCGCCCCCUUCGAUUUCCCCCGAUUUCUCGAUCUCAUGGCCAAACACAUGAAGCCCGAGCCCUUCGAUCGUCAGCUUCGCGACGCCUUCAAGGUCCUCGACAAGGACUCCACCGGCUUCGUCUCCGUCUCCGAGCUUCGCCACAUCCUCACCAACAUCGGCGAGAAGCUCGAGCCUGCCGAGUUCGACGAGUGGAUCAGGGAAGUCGAUGUUGGGUCCGAUGGCAAGAUCCGCUACGAAGAUUUCAUCGCCAGAAUGGUCGCUAAGUAAUACUACAUUCUGCAACUGGAAUCGCUUUAUUUGUUUUCUUUUGCCACUGUUUCGGUAUUGCUUCUGUUUAAUUUGUGAUGUUUGCUUUUCUUACCGCUUCGUUUCUUUUCAGUGGACCAAUCUAUUAACCGAGUUAUGCUUAUUUUUAUGUUAUGUAGCUAACCGAGGGCGGUUUUAGGAAACGGUGGCUAUUCAAUUUGCCCUAUUUGGUUGGAUUGGUUUGUAUUAUGAGAUCUGAUUCCGAGGUAGUUUAUAUAUGCUGUAAUUGAGACAAUGUCAUGGUUGGCAAACUUGUGUACUGUAUCUAAUCCUUUGUUCCUUUUUGUAUCAUAC